AUGUUUCCAUAUGUUGUAGCGGGCAUUGCCAUUUUAUUAUUUACAUAUAAUCCAAUUCUUCAAUACUUUUCUCCCGAGCCAUCCCGUCUUCCACGGACCGCUCGGCCUCGUAUAAAUGAAUCCCUCCUUGCCAUUGAUGCAGCAAACCAAACAACACCGGACUGUCCUCCGGAUUCAUAUUCAAUUCAUAUUCUUUCAAAAGCGCCAAUCGUAAUUUAUAUCGAGAAUUUCCUCUCCAGCGAUGAGCGGUCCCAUUUGCUAGAGAUUAGUGAGCCGUUGUUUGAGCCUUCGACCAUCACCCAUGAUGGCGACUCGACGCAGCGCGAUGCUACAAUUCGAGAUUCGGAGGUCGCAUUGAUACCCCGUACCGAUACAGUGCGAUGCAUCGAAGCUCGCACACGAGCUAUUCAGGGCUGGCGUGACGACCUAUGGAUAGAGCGUCUUCGUACGCAGCGUUACGGUGCAAAUCAGCACUACGCGCAUCAUUUCGACUGGGGAUCCGGCGCUCGGGGCUGGGGCCGAGUCAGCAGCGUUAUGGCUUGGGUGCAAGCUGAAGACGUCGAGGGGGGAGGAACCGAGUUUCCCCUACUCCGGCGAGAAGCACCUGACAACCCGUGGUGCCAAUGGGUUUCGUGCCCCAAGCUACCCGAAUCCGAGGGAGAAUUCCCCACUACGGGCGGAGAAUUAGUUGCGGGUGUUUCUUUCAAGCCUAUCGCUGGUAACGCUGUAUACUGGGAAAACUUCCGUCCCGACGGAACGGGGAGAGGUUGGGACGAAACUUGGCACGCGGGUUUGCCCGUGAAAAAGGGGACGAAAGUCGGUCUGAACAUUUGGAGCUGGGGUAGGCUUGGCUAG